ACAUAUUUUACAAAAAAUACUUAAUAGACACAGAUUAACCGAGUAAAUCUUUAAAAUUUGGUGCAAUACAUUUAAUAUUUAUUCUGGUCUUAGUAUUACAGUGCACUCAUUAGAGUAUUUUUAGUUUUUAAUUUAAUGUGGGUUUGUAUUUUAUUCUUCUUAAAACCACUGCUGUGAUGGAUCUUAUCAUUUCGUUGUAUCAUGCAUUCAGUCACUAUAAUUCCUUCAUUUUUAUGUAUUUAUUCUUUAAUAAAAUAUAUAUUUUUAAUUUCUAUUCUCUUAUCUAAUUUAAAAUAAUGAAAUAAGAAAUAUGAGCUAAUUUAAUGUUUUGUAUAAAUACAUUUGUCAGGUCUGAGCAGCAUUUAUUUUUAAACUAAAUGGACACAACAGGUUUUGACUCUUCGCAAACUCGCAGCUCUGAGUCGCACCUUAACGCUGCCGGGACCACAUUUCCCAUAGUGCAUUGCGCCCCAAGCAGGAAGAACGUUCUCUCUCGCAGGGCUCACACUGAUCCAAGUUAGGAGCUUUCAGCUGCCAGCCUUUGGCCCAUCAUGUAAGUGCUGCGGAGGAUUCUUUGCAGUGCGAUUGCAGAAAUUCCCCGUUUUCCCGACGCCUGCGGGGCCCGUGCAUCCGGACCGGAGCUCUGUGCACGGACACGCACGCCACGGACCCGAAACGGCUCCAAGUGCAUGAGGAUCGAGGCUUGUAUUUUGCAUCUUUGUUUUGCAAGAGCGAGCCGCUUGACGCUCCACGGCGAGGGCGAUGGAGGGAGGGAGCGAGAAAGAAGGCAAAGUCUUUUGUGCUUCCCCUCCCCCUCAUCAAAGCAAAGGGGAAAUGUCUCAGCCGAAGGGAGGUAAGAAGAAGCCGGCGCUGAAGCUCCCUAAGGAGGUGUUCGUGCAGCCCACUCCCCCCCCAGCACCCCCCAGAGAUCUGGACUCUAAAGCUUGUGUAACAAUCGGAGAAAAGAACUUCGAGGUGAAGGCCGACGACCUGGAGCAGAUCUGCGAGCUGGGCCGCGGCGCGUACGGCGUGGUGGAAAAGAUGAGGCACGUCCCCAGCGGCCUCAUCAUGGCUGUGAAGCGGAUCCGAGCCACAGUCAACACUCAGGAGCAGAAGAGGCUCCUGAUGGACCUGGACAUCUCCAUGAGGACGGUCGACUGUUUCUACACCGUCACCUUCUACGGGGCCUUAUUCAGAGAGGGCGACGUGUGGAUCUGCAUGGAGCUGAUGGACACGUCCCUGGACAAGUUCUACAAGCAGGUGAUCGAGAGGGGACGGACCAUCCCCGAGGACAUCCUGGGAAAGAUCGCCGUCUCGAUAGUGAAAGCUCUGGAGCAUCUGCACAGCAAUCUGCAAGUCAUACACAGAGAUGUGAAGCCCUCCAACGUGCUGAUCAACACUCAGGGUCAGGUGAAGAUGUGCGACUUCGGCAUCAGCGGGUACCUGGUCGACUCCGUGGCUAAAACCAUGGACGCCGGCUGCAAACCGUACAUGGCGCCGGAGAGGAUCAACCCCGAGACCAACCAGAAAGGCUACAACGUCAAGUCCGACAUCUGGAGUUUAGGAAUCACGAUGAUCGAACUCGCCAUCCUGCGCUUCCCGUACGACUCGUGGGGGACGCCCUUCCAGCAGCUGAAGCAGGUGGUGGAAGAACCUUCGCCCCAGCUUCCUGCCGACCAGUUCUCCCCCGACUUUGUGGACUUCACCUCUCAGUGCUUAAAGAAAGUUUCCAAAGAGCGGCCAACGUACACAGAACUCAUGCAACAUCUCUUCUUCACCUCCCACGAGGCCAAAGAAACCGAUGUGGCCAGCUUUGUGAAAGUCAUCCUGGGGGACUGAGCUCCACUGGGCUGCACAGGAGGGAGGGAGGGAUGGAGGAGGGAGGGAUGGAGGGAUGGAUGGAGGGAUGGAUGGAGGAGGAGGAAAGAAUCCAACAAACGACAAGCAAGCACCAACCACAGCCCCCCCCCCACCCACACCCACCCAUCCCGUCUCCUUCCUCCCUUCGGAUGAACGGGGGAGACAAAGCGGAGCGAGGAGUUUACCUCCACCCACCUGUACCUGUACCUGUACCUCCUCCACAUCCUCUGUACAUUUACCGGACGCGGUGGCAGCUGCGGUGGAGGUGGAGGGUUAACCUGGAAUCAUUUAAAGAUGUCUGUAUGCAAAAAAACAAAAAAAAAAAAACACAAAAAAAACACAAAAACACAACUCCUUCUCCAGUUAGAUCUGCUCCACCUCGGUGCACCACCUACUACUUUGUUAGUCAGUGAGUCGAGCUUUUCUAUUCUUUUUUUAUUUUAUUUUUUUGUUUUCCGGAGUGACAAGAGGUGCAGAAUAUAUAAAUAUAAAUAUAUAUAAAGAUAUAUAUAUAUAAAUAUAUAUAUACACUACCAGUCAAACGUUUGGACGCCAACGAGAAGAUGCAUCCAAACCUUUGAAUGGUUGUGUAUAAAAAAAAGAAGAUGAAUGAUAUAAUGCUAUCUGUGUAUAAUCUAAAUGUUUGCAUACUCAAAGCAAGUGUUGCAUUGGAUUAUUAAUUAUUUAAUUAAUUGACUGCAUGUACAGAAUUAUAUUUCUGGAUAAAAGCGGCGGCCGGUGAGGACUUCAGUGCGCCCCCUAGUGGCCGUGAAUAGGUACUGCACUUCAACUGCUUUCCCCUGAUUACAGGUCUACUACAGGUUUUGGGCUCGUGGCUACCUGUGUGUGUGUGUGUGUGUGUGUGUGUGUGUGUGUGUGUGUGUGUGUGUGUGUGUGUGUGUGUGUGUGUAUGCGUGCAGGUGCAUGAAGUGUGUGUUCGGAGGGCUCCUCGGUUGGUCGUGCAGUUUGAAUCCGCCGCCGUCUCCUCGUCCCCGUAGCAACACAAUGAAUUUAUUCGCAUUUCAGGUGGUUUCGAGCUGCAACUGUGACUUCAAAUCCAAAAAAAAAAAAAAAAAACACUCAGUGGGUUGGACUCACUACAGUUCUGCUGAUGUCCACUGGGUCCAAAAGCGCUAAAGGUGACUUGUUUACAGUCUGGUACAAAAACAGUUUUGGUCUCUAGGGCUAAUUCCUCCUUUCAUAAUGAUUUUUUAUUUUUUUUUUCACCUAUUUGACAUUAAGAUUAAUUAAGGGGCGUGGCUACUUUGAGUGACAUCUUCACAUGCAGUUAAUGGAUGUCGGACGACGGUUUUUAAUGGCACCAGCUGGAGAAUUGGCGCCACCUACUGUUUCUGAAGCAGCCUUUAAUGAACCCAAACACACGUUUUGCUUUCAGACUCGUUCUCUUGUGAAUCUUUCCCAGAGAAAUUCCCGAUCGUUGUCGUAUAAUCUCCAGUUUCCCGGCUCUGUUGCAGCUCGCCCGUCCUGCUAAUGCGAAUCAUCCCGAGGACGAAUUUGCUCAAAGGAACGAGACUAACGUGCGAUUCGGUUGCAGCCGCGCCGCCCGCCAUCUUUAAGUGAUUGUGUGUUGGUGUGUGUUGACAUUUGUUGCGGGAGAAGUUCGCCCAUAUUCCCUGCUUUGUCGUCUGUACUGAGCCAAUCACAACCCUCUCCACUCCACGUUCAACACGAAAAGAACUGGAUAUUAUUACUAUUCUAUUAUUCUAUUAAUUAUUGUUGUUAUUAUUCAGGUCCAGGUUUUUCCCGCCCUCCAGACAUAUUCGCCGCAGUUUCUCUUAUUUAUUACGACUGCUGUUUUCCCUCUGAAAACUUGACCGAUCCAUUUAGAGACUUUUCUCUCGUGUGUUUGUGUUUUUGUCGUGUUCUUCUUGGCUCAAACACGUAAAUGCUUUUAAACUGUACCUUUGCCUUCUAUGUGCCUCUAUAUAGAAAAGGAACAUAAUGUGCUGUAAUAAGGACGACGCAGGGAUCAGCUCCCUCCCUCUUCACAUGCUGCAUGGCAUCGUAAUUCCACUUCCUGUCUGCUUCCGUCACCUUUCCGUCGUUUCUCUUCUCGUCUCAGUCGUUUUUUAUUUUUAUUUUUUUUUUAUUUUUCCCUCUCUAGUGGUGGAAGAUAGUGUUGAGGCCCAGCUUACGCUUUUGGUUGUUAUGCAAGAAUGAGUCAAACACUUGAAACAGUUUCAUUUUACUCUCGUGCUCCUCUCGGCCUUUUAAAGGUUUUCUCUCUGGGUUGUCACUUGAUAGACGUCUGUGUUUGUGUCUUCAGUCCGGUUUUGUUAAAGUCACUUAAAGGCUCAAUCUGUUUCAACUUUUUUGUUUUUUUUGGCCACCUGGGGGCAGCAGAGCUCAUAUUUUGGUCUCAGAAUACAUAUCUAUGUUUAGCUGCUAGCUGCAUCAUGCUAACAUAUGGAUAGUGAAGCAGAACAACAAACACAAACUGGUUCAUAGACUGAAUAUAAAUAUGGAUUAAACACGUCUGCGCUUCCUCUCGUCGGUAACAUCUGACGCCCACUCUUCCUUCCUGCGUUUUCAUUUAAUUAAUCCUGCGUUCUGCUCUACCUCCACCAGCUACACGGAAAUACUGGAUUAUACACUGAACGUAUUUUAAAAACUCUCACAUGGCAACAGAAAAAUGUGAUUCGAUGUGUAGUUUAGUGUUUUAUUUUGGCCCAAGUCCCGCCCACUAACAUAGAGGAGGUGGAGCCUAUACUGCAGCGUCCUGCCACCAGGGGGAGCUCUGCUAGAUUUGGCAUCUUUAUUUACAGUCUAUGGGCCGGUUACUUUCAGUAAUGUAUCAUUUUUUUUUUUAAUUCCAGUCCGAGGACCAUGAAACAUCAAGCUGAAGGUCGACACGUUGAUCUAGAAUGAAUCAAGUAUAUUUCAACUGAUCGACAUAAUUUAUUAGAGACCAGGUCUGUGCAAUGGAGUGGCUUAGCUUCCUAGCCUCCCAGCUAAUAAUAGCUAAUAAUAGUCUCCCUUUAUGAGCGAUGCAUACAGAUACUGCCACCUACUGGUGCAGAGCAUAUGUACCACCAGGCUGUUGGCUGGAGUCUGUGUGGUGCUUUCAAAUGCAGCCUUUUGGUCCAGACACCAGAAAUUUGGUACGUCCAUAGGUCCAUAGGUCCAUAGGUUAGGGUUUUGUUCUCACAAUUUCACUUGAAUUGUCCAGAUUUUUUGCACAAAAGAAACACACAAAUUAGACCUGAUGCAACAACACAAAUACUAAUCAAUUAACAAGCGACAGGAGAGGGAAUAUAAGACACAUAAUUAACUAAUAACUAGUGAAAAUGUUUGGGUCUAAUCAGGUUUUUGAAAAUAUUAAAGCACAAACUUGAGACCUGCUGCAGAAAAUCAAGAGCGUGGAUCUUGGUUCCUCAUUGUUUUGUGGCUUAAUUCCUCCAGUAAACGUCGUUCUAAUAAACCGACGGGCGGAUUGAACCUUUACCAGACUUUUCGUUCUCUCUAAUCACAUCCUCUUGUCACACUCAGACGUUGCUGUUUUGUUAAAAAAAAACAAACAAAAAAAAAAAAACGCCGCCCUCGGUCCAGAACACUCAUUGAAUCAAGAGGUUUCCUGUUUUGUGGCAGAUUAAUAACUUUCCUUUUCACCCUUCACCCUGUCACCUGUCUGGUCUCAGCCGCUGCCUUUGGCUCAGAUAUCGAACGUCGAGCUUCCUCCUCUGUUUGUGUCCUGUACUAAACUGUCAUCAGGGGUUACAAAGGGUUUCGCUGCAGCAGCUGACGUGCGGUGGAUGCUGUUGCAUUCUUACAUCACAUUUUACCACUGUGCCAACUCCUCCUCCUUUGUAGUGAAGGGUUGGCGACGACAUUAAGCCUCAUUAGUACGUCUCUGUACCAAAGGUCGAAGUUUGCUUCAGAACUCUAGAGUGUGAUGAAAUUUGCAAAAAGAAAUUUUUUUUGCCACUAAUUUAGCAAAUGUGACUUCAGAGAGCCGGGCUCAGAGGGUGGGGGGAGUCGCCUUGUGGUAACGUCCAACCUGGGGAAUCCGAUCACAAGUGUCCAUCUUAAAGUCUCACAUUUUCAGGACCGUCUCCACCGUUGGCAACAAUAACUAAAAGGCUGUAGCCUGAAAACGCACAAACUAGACAAGUUUCCUGGGGUGACACGCAGAACUGAGGCCUUUGCACUUUACACAACUGCAGCUCCAGAGCCUCUUGCCCAGUGCAUGCUGGGAUUGAUUCGUUCCUGUCGUAUCUAUGCAAAGGCUGAAAGGUUAAUUUGGUAAAUAGGCGACUUUUGACUAGAAAAAUUGGUUCAGUUUUACUUGGUGCAGCUUUUCUAACCUGCCACACAGUCUAAUCCGGAAAGUGUUGUGAAGAAAAGUUAUGCAGUUCAUGAAGUGGCCACUAGAGGCUCCAAAAUGGAGCAAAUCCCCAUAGACGCCCAUGUUAAGAAGCCCAACUUUACAGCAUCAUUAAACGUGUUUACAGCCUGUUAUAGUUUAUUUCACUAUUCAUGACAACUGUCGUUUACUUUUUAUCAAGAUUAAAAUUGUGCAUAACUAGUUCCAGCUUUGAGUGACAGGUGUUAGCCUGAGCUAACAGCUAGCAGAGAGCUGGGUGGGCGGGUCCUAACGUCCAGGCUGCUUUAGCUCCGCCCCAACACGACCCCCACCAUGUCCAUGUUUGGAGAAUCCCAGUGUGGGCGGAGUGAAGCUCAUCCAACAUGGAGACCGCAGGCUCCGCCCACUUCAGGCUUCAUUUUUUUGAGGUUCAGAAUCCACUGGGUGACGUCACGAUGGGUUUGUCUGUAGCGUAUAUAACACGGGGGCUCAGAGAUGGACCAGGUUCGAUGGAUUAACCCAGGUCGGAUGUUAGCAUGAGGUCUGAACGGGGUCAUUCAUCCUCGCAUGCAUGCACAGCGGUUUAGGUGUGUGUAGUGUUUGUAGAUGUUCUUUUUUUUUUUUUUAAGUGCCUGACGAUUCAUUUAAACACUUGUCUGUCGUUGUGAAUGAUGCUCAAACACUGGUUCGGUUCCUGUAGCGGACCCGCCGACACUGCAUGUUGCUGUGAUGUUUUGCACUGUACCGAGGAGUCAUAUCACAUAUUCACCAUUGAUUGUGUUACUGUAACGGAAACAUUUAGUCUGUGUGGUCGUUGUUUCAACUUUAACGAGAGCUUGAAGGUUCUGACUUAAUAGCAUAAAUAAAAACUGUGAUGCUGAAAAUUGUCAAAUCAUAGCCGAUAGAUGUGUCGUUAGCCUGUUGAGGCUUUUAUUGUGAAAUAUCUUGGCUCAAAGUGUUCGGUUCCACUAACAGCAGGUUAAAGGAAGUCUACAUCUUUACUUUGCAUUAUGUUUGUGCACAUUAGUCAGAGAGGAAUCUUUUGAUUUCAACAUUUUCUGGUCGCUCUAGUUAAAAGAAGACGACUCAACAGCGCUACUAGUGGUCAAAAACUCCACAGCGUGCCUUUAAAAAAAAAUAGAACCAGUCAAAUUAAAUCAAACUGCUGCUUUGUCUGUGUUUCCUUUCACAGGUUAGUGUUUUUAGAGUUACAGCUGCAGAUUAUUUAACUGAAUUAGUUCUUUCUCUUUAUUAAGUUUGAUUAACAGCGGCUUUUUACGUCAAAGUGGUUUGACUCGUCUAAAUGCAUCCGAACUGGAAAGAUGCUGGCUCUUCACAAUGUUUAUGCACAAAUUUAAGGACUAGUUUUUAAGAUGCUGCAAAAAAUAUCUUAUAAAUAACAAAACAAAAAAAAGAAAGGGUAAAAACAACUGCAGUUCCUCUAAUGACCACUUGAGGGUGGCAGCAAAAACAAAGGCUAUUAUUUGAGAAUUCACAGUAUCAUACUUUUACCAAUGAUAUAAAGCAAUUUACUUGAAGGAUAGAUCUGAUAUAUUUCAACCCGGUGUAUGUUUUCUAAGCAUCUGUUGUUUCAUGGAAAUGAGGAGUUGCACUAAAUGGAAUAUAUCAGGCUGGAAAAUGUAGCUUUCUGCAGCUUUGCAAAAAAAACAAACAAACACACAAAACUAAUUGAGUUUUAAAUUAUUUUUCAGUCCAAACACGAGAAUGUUGGCUAAUUGUUUCGUCGUUUUUGAGAAUCUCUACAACGGAAGAGACACAAGAGACAAGUUAAAAAGGUUUAAAAUAGACCAGAAUUAUGAGCUCACGGUAACAACACGGCUUCCGACUCGUCUGGUCUCAGUUGACUCAGCGGUUGAGUUUCCCAGUCGACGUUAUCUUAACCCCGUCGUCCCUGCCUGGGGACGCGAGGGCAGAUAAACGCUCAGAAAGCUGCAUCAUGAAAAAGUAUUGUUUCUUUUUUUCUUCGUGACGUCUCGUGUCUGUCUGCUCUGCAUGUGUGAAUUCCUGCCUCGCCUGAGUCUAUUUGCGGCGUCCGUCACCUGCUGAGCGAACACCGGGGCAGGACGUCCGAGUGGAAGCUGUCCUUAGCGGGUGAUUAAUCUCACGUCCCAUCACGGACUCCUUUCUCAACCUCUUGGGUUUAUCUUGAGUUUAGCCGGCAACGGGCACGUACUUCGGCUUUUACUGGAAGAGCAUUUGUAAUUAUUAAGUUUGAAGGUCGGGAAGGAUCGGAAGGAUACUUUGCUCACCUUCCUCCUCCAAAAAUGUGUCAGCGGAUGAAUAAAAUCUGUCUGAGAGGACGACCCUGGCCCUUUGAUUCAGUGUCGUUUUAACGCUACAACACGACUUGUGAAGCUUUUUGUGUUUCUCUGUGGCAGGUGCACACAGCAGCUGUGUGUGACGCCUGAUGUUGCCGUGUUGUGUGUGUUUGAUUUAUUCAGAGUAAUCCAGAGAUGCUACUGUACGUGGAAGAGGGCCUUUUUUUUCACGUCGCUGACGGUUGUGGGUGUUUUAUUCUAUUUUAUUUUAUUUUAUUUUUUUUUAUUAUUUUUCCCGUUACCGUGGCCACAGCUCCGUGCCCCAUGGGAAGUGAAGUUCUCAGCAUAGUUACACGUUAUCUUAAAGCCUCUGCUAAAGACUGAUGACUGUUCAUUUAGAGCUCAAUGAAUUUCUAUGAAUAUUUUAGAUUGCUCAGAACUGAUUGUGUGCAAUUGUAAUGAUGGAAAUUCAAUAAAAAAAGAGGUAUUUUUACACAA